GCUUUACAUUAUAGUCAAAGUAGCCAAAGACCCGCUGCUGUUUGGAGUAAAUAUGCUCCUCGCUGGAGGAAAUAGAUGUAUGCGGGCGAUGGACGGCUGAGUCACACCUGAGCAUGAAUGCAAGUCACUUCAGUCAGAGGAGCGAUGGCGGAGGAGAGGGAGCAGACAGGGGCCUCCUGGGAGGACCUGACCCUGCAGUGUUCUGACCCACAGGCGGCCUGCAGGGACGGGCUGAAUGAAGAGUCGGUGGAAGAAGCCCCCGAUGCCAAGAGCUGCCAAGAUCAGGCCGCAAAAUGCAGCCCAGUGCUGCAGAUGCUGAAGGCAGCAGAGAGCAGGAGCACGACUCAGGAUCAGGACGGGGCAGAGCCGCCCGAGGCCCGACCGGGAGAGCAGGCGACUGAAGCUCUGAAGACCGACAUGCAAAUCCAGCUGAGUGAGCAAAAUCAAGAAUUCAACAAGCGUCCUCCGAAGGCUCGGUCCGCCUCACAGUCGUCUACAGACAGCUAUAGUUCAGCGUGCAGCGACAGCUCUGAAGAUGAAACUUCUCCCAGAGACAAACUGCAGAGGAACUCCAAAGGCCACUUCGACUUCUGCAUCAAAAACAUCAAACAGGCUGAGUUUGGACGCAGGGAGAUUGAAGUGGCACAGCAAGAAAUGCCAGCUUUGAUGGCCCUGAGAAAAAGAGCUGGUGGGGAGAAACCUCUGACCGGUGCCAAAGUGGUGGGAUGCACACACAUCACUGCACAGACAGCGGUGUUGAUUGAGACCCUGGCUGCACUGGGGGCUCAGUGUCGCUGGGCAGCCUGCAACAUCUUCUCCACUCAGAACGCCGUGGCUGCCGCUCUGGCUGAAGCAGGCAUCUCAGUAUUUGCAUGGAGAGGAGAGUCGGAGGAUGAUUUCUGGUGGUGCAUUGAGCGCAGCGCCAGUUCUGAUGCUUGGCAGCCCAACAUGAUUCUGGAUGACGGAGGCGACCUGACUCACUGGAUUUACAAGAAGUAUCCGAGCAUGUUCAAGAGGAUUAAAGGGAUUGUGGAGGAAAGUGUCACUGGCAUCUUUCGGCUGUACCAGCUCUCAAAGACAGGCAAACUGUGCGUCCCUGCGAUGAACGUCAACGACUCUGUGACCAAGCAGAAAUUUGACAACCUUUACAGCUGCAAGGAGUCCAUCCUGGACGGGCUGAGACGGACGACCGAUGUAAUGUUUGGAGGAAAGCAGGUGGUGGUGUGCGGGUACGGCGAGGUUGGCAAGGGUUGCUGCGCUGCCCUGAAAGCGUUGGGUGCCAUUGUGUACGUCACAGAAGUGGAUCCUAUUUGUGCCCUUCAGGCCUGCAUGGACGGCUUCAGGGUGAUUAAACUGGGUGAAAUCAUCAGACAGGCAGACGUGGUCAUCACUUGCACAGGCAACAAAAAUGUGGUGGCGAGAGAACAUCUGGAUCGGAUGAAGAAUGGCUGCAUCGUCUGCAACAUGGGACACUCAAAUACUGAAAUUGAUCUGGUGAGUCUGCAAGCUGAGGAGCUGAGGUGGGUGAGAGUGAGGCCUCAAGUGGACCACAUCAUCUGGCCGGAUGGGAAGAGAAUCAUCCUGCUGGCUCAGGGCCGCCUGCUGAACCUGAGCUGCUCCACUGUGCCCUCAUUCGUUCUCUCCAUCACAGCCACCACUCAGGCCUUAGCUCUCAUAGAGCUGUUCAACGCCCCGGAGGGACGCUACAAACAGGACGUCUACCUGCUGCCAAAGAAAAUGGACGAGUAUGUGGCCAGCCUUCACCUGCCCACAUUUGAAGCCCACCUCACAGAGCUGACUGAGGAUCAGGCCAAAUACCUGGGCAUCAGCAAACACGGACCCUUCAAACCCAACUACUACAGGUAUUGAGCCCUCCAGGAGUGUUGUCCCAGGCCAGAGGAGCACUGCUGCCAUCUGCAGUCUGAAGAGAGAACAGAAGAAAUGUUCUGAUCCGAGCACCGCUGCAUCUGUUUCAUGAAUGAAAUGUUUUCAGAGUCCUCUCAGUAAUGCCUGAACUGAUUCUGAAAAGAUUCAAAUGACAAGAAUAUACAUAAAGUAAACAUAAACCUACAUCACAUUAAAAAAAAAAAGACUAUUCAUCGAUUUUAAUUAAGGAUAAUAAAGUAUAUUCUUACAUAUGCAGUUGAUGUCUAAUUCUUCACAGCAGGGGUGGUAAAGUCAUUUUAGACCAACCUGGUGAACUUGGGCUAUAGGCUGUCACAUCUGAGGUUGCUCAAUCUGUGAAGAACUUUAGUGAAGAAAAAAAAUACAGUUCUUGUUUUGGUUUGCUCAUUUUUUACAGAAUAGUAAGUAGUAUGCUCGACACCCCUGACAUACAACCUCUAUUUAUGUCGAAGAUUUAGCAUCAAUAUAGACUUGCCUAUAGCCAUAACAGUGCCGCAUAUGGGAGAAGAGAUUUCCAGGUCUUUCUGUCUUGUCAAAAUUACACUUGAAGCUACAUUUUAAGUUCAAAUAAGCAAAUAUGAGACACUUUUUUGCCUGUUUUUUGAGGGUGUCCACAACUCUUAUUAACUGUUUUUUACAGGUACAUUUAGUGGCAGCAAUCAAAGAACGACUAACAAUUGUAGUUCCUACUGAUAUUCAUCAAUAGCUGAAGAACAACAGAUUUUUUCCUUCUCAGAUGUGAUUGCUUAAUCAGUUUCUGUAAUUUUUAUUAACAGCAUUUUACUUCUGAGGAAUUAAAGUUUCAGGCACAAUAUGCAUGCAAUCGGUGCAUAUAGUUCUAUGUUUAGUUUCAUAAAAUAACGUUAUUUUCAAUAAACAGAUAAAUGAUAAACUGAGCUGUAUUUUGUUUGUCAGUAACGCCUUUAGAAAGAAAAUUGUGUCAUGCCUAAUUUUAACCAGUAGAGGGCGGAAGAGGGCUGUGAUUUUUGGUCAUCCCUGCAUCCCUUUUGUUAAAAAACGUGCCUUAUACUGUAUGUUUUUUGUGUAGACGUUAGCUCUCAGAAGGUCAGGGGUUCGAGUCCCUACCGUUUUUGUUUGGGGUUUUCAUGGUCUUCCUUUUGCAGUGGUGCGAUUUUUCAGGUUCUCUGGUUUCCACCCACAGCGCAUAAACAUGCAUUUGACCUCACCUGGGAAGUUUCCCAUAGCAUGCGUGCGUGCAUGCGUGCGUGCGUGUGUGUGUGUGUGUGUGUGUGUGUCUUGUAUUGGACUGUCAACCUGUCCAGAGUGUAUCUUGUCUUGCAUAGCCUACUGGGAUCAGCUCCAGCACCAGAUGCCCUCAUUGGGAUGGUACGAGCUGGAUAGAUGGAAGGAUUAUUCAGAGGAUUAGAUUUCAGCUUCAUUCUUAAGGGAAAGAAUGUAAGCGUAGAUUUAAUAUUCACAAAAUGAAAAAGCAAGUGUGGAACCGGAGCAAUUCAGACUGACCGAUGAUAUUUUUGCCACUCUGCAGACUUAAUGCAGGCGACAGUGUGUGUGGUGUUUGUGGUGCUAUAGUAUAGUUUUGACUGUUGCACCAGUCAGAUUCCUAUAUUUCUAACCAUGUUUAGACUGACAUUGCUGAUUGAACAACAGUAUCAAAUAAACUCCAACGAUAUGAUUUCUGAUAAAUACAAGCAAACCAAAUACACAACGUUGAUGUGUUUGAGCCUUGAGAAGUGACCUCCACAUAUCAAUGCUAUUUCACUGACUUAGUCAAUUAAACUUUUUUCAUGAUACAUGAGUUUGACUGUCGUUUGGAAUCAUUUAGACCUCAGUUCUCACUGGAAGAAAAAAAACAGCAGACCAUACAAUACGCAGAUCUCAUGUGUCUGGCUAUACAUUUUUUAUGUUUUCAUCUUUAUUAUGUGAAAAAACACUUUUGAGAUUGUAAACUGUGAAAAGCUACAGGAUGAAAUUAAAUCUAUGGUUGAUAUUCCUCUUUAACCCCGUUACAACAUGCUUCUGCCUCUUGUUUUUAUCAAGGUAAGUUUAACUUUAAAUUGGUUAAACAUCAGUAUCAGUUAAAGACAACUCUUCAACAUCAAUGUGUGUUUUUGAUCACACUGAGAUGUUCAUGUUCGGUGUGAGGUUUUGUGUAGAAUUUUUUGAAGAAUUAUACAAUAGAAGGCCAGGGAGCGACUGCAAUAACAAAUAUAUGAGCUAAAAGCUCUUUCUUUCUCUGUUUUUGAGUAACUUUUCAAUUUUCUAGCCAUCGCAAAUGUCCAUGGGUGAUAGCAGAAACAGGUUACCUGGAUAGAGACAUUCUGAGCAUUAGAUUUACAAAAUUACAAAAACAAAUCAAAAUCAAAUUUCUGCUUGCAUUAGCUGGAUAGAAUUUCCUGUGACAGUUACAUGUAGAGAUAUUAGCUUUCGGCAUUAGCAUUGGUCCCCGGACACAACAUAAUUAACUCUGGGCCAAGAAAGUCCAGCUGGACAUGUGACGGUCAUUAUCUGUUUUCCUCGAUUGUCUGCCUCUGGUCAUGAAGUCCUAAAAAUACCGCCCUGGAUUACUGUAAUCCAGAGUCUGCAUGGUGGGAGUAUGUGUGUGUGUGUGUGUGUGUGUGUGUGUGUGUAUAUAUACACUUCCUGGCUGAAGAUCCUUGAGCUGUGUUUCUUUGGGGCAGCAGCAUAAAGAUGUGACACUACUGUAAUCUACUACCCAAUAAAACCUCUAACUUUACUGAUUCACUUCAAACUUUUCAUCCUUCUGCUGUAUUUUGGUCACAUAUUGACA